AUGAUGCCCCUUCUGACCCAACAGAUCCAAGACGAGGAUGAUCAGUACAGCCUUGUGGCCAGCCUUGACAACGUUAGGAAUCUCUCCACUAUCUUGAAAGCUAUUCAUUUCCGAGAACAUGCCACGUGUUUCGCAACUAAAAAUGGUAUCAAAGUAACAGUGGAAAAUGCAAAGUGUGUGCAAGCAAAUGCUUUUAUUCAGGCUGGAAUAUUUCAGGAGUUUAAAGUUCAGGAAGAGUCUGUUACUUUUCGAAUUAACUUAACUGUCCUUUUAGACUGUUUAUCUAUUUUUGGAUCAAGUCCUAUGCCAGGGACUUUAACUGCACUUCGGAUGUGUUACCAAGGUUAUGGUUACCCUUUGAUGCUGUUCCUGGAAGAAGGAGGAGUGGUGACAGUCUGCAAAAUCAAUACACAGGAACCUGAGGAGACCCUGGACUUUGAUUUCUGCAGCACCAAUGUUAUUAAUAAAAUUAUUCUGCAGUCAGAGGGGCUCCGUGAAGCAUUUUCUGAAUUGGAUAUGACAAGUGAAGUCCUACAAAUUACCAUGUCUCCUGACAAGCCUUAUUUCAGGUUAUCUACUUUUGGAAAUGCAGGAAGUUCCCACCUUGACUAUCCCAAAGAUUCUGAUUUGAUGGAAGCAUUUCAUUGUAAUCAGACCCAAGUCAACAGAUACAAGAUUUCCUUACUGAAACCCUCUACAAAGGCAUUAGUCCUAUCGUGUAAGGAGACAGAGUCUUGCUUUGUCACCCAGGCUGGAGUGCAGCAGCACAAUCUCGGCUCACUGCAACCUCCGCCUCCCAGGUUCAAGCGAUUCUCCUGCCUCAGCCUCCCGAGUAACUGGGACUACAGGCGCAUGCUGCCACGCCUGGCUAAUUUUUUGUAUUUUAGUAGAGACUGGGUUUCACUGUGUUUCCCAGGCUGGUCUCGAACUCCUGAGCUCAGACAAUCCACCUGCCUCAGCCUCCGAAAGUGCUAGGAUUACAGGCAUGAGCUACAACACCCAGCCGAAGGUUUUGUAUAUUAAAAGUCCUGAGAAGCCCUUCAGGAAAGUAACACGUGUCACUUGGUUUAAACCUUUUUUUUUUUUUUCCUUAAAUGAUUUUUGUCUUUCUACCACAGAGCCUUUCUUCCUCCCCCAGAGAACUGAUGCACAUCCCUUGGAAUCAGCAUUUCUUGCAGCCCCCUUCAGGACAUGCUGCCCUGUACAACAGCUGUAAAGUACUUACCAUUCCUUCAUACAGUGCCCUCUGUCAUGCUUCUGUGCCUUUGUGUGUAGAGUUCCUUCUUCCAGGAAUGGCUUCUCUUCUCUAUCGGGAUGAACUGCUACUUGUCCUUUAAGAAAUGGCUCAAAUGUCACCCUCUCUAUGAAGUCUUUUCCAAUUCUCAUAGAUUGUCUCUUUCAUUGCACUGAGAAUGCUAUUCCAGAACUUAAACUUCAUGUUUACAUUAUUUCUUCAUGUUUUCUGUUACACUAGAAUGUUGUCCCCUUAAGAUUAAUGACCAUGUUUUAUUUACCUUUAUUACCACCUGCAGCUCUAACUGCACCUGGCACUUAGUAGGUGCUCAACAAAUGUUUGUUAAAGGAAUUAAUGAAGAUGAAGAAACUGAGACUCAAUGUUCAAGUGACUUAAGGUCUCAUGGUUUUUGGGAUUCACACACAAGGUGCCUUGACUCAGAGUACAGUGCUCUUUUCUCUAUACCUGAACAGCAAAUAUGUGGUAGAAGUCCAGCUAUUCCCCCACCCAUACCCAAGGCAGACAACACUAAUAAAUCAAGCUCCACCAAACCCAGCCUUUUGCUCUGGAACCUCAAGCUCUGCCUGCCCUAUUCCAUGCUAUCCCCUCCUAUCAGACCAUUUCUGUGGGCAUGGCAGAGUAGCUGGAGAUUGCAGAGCUCCCCACUGCUCUGCUAAAGAUAAGGUACACUGAGCUGGCUCACUGUGGCUUAGCAGCCCUUGUUCCCCAUAAAAGAGACCCUCAAGCAGGGAACUAAAGGCUUCUGAGUUUUCACUUCUCUACCUGCCCCAAUGCCUCCAGCUAGUCCUAGAAUCCUGAUUUGGAAAAGCUGCUGCCCCUUGUUUGGCUACCUGGCUCUGCUGGAGCAGAUUGUGCUCCUCACUCACUCAUACCAAGUUUGGCCAGAUAUUUUCUCCUUAAUUUUGUAGAUGGAGUGUUGGAAUGUUUACUAAUAAAUAAUAGGAAAAGAAGAUGAAUGCAGCAGCCUGGAAAGAACCCAGCUUAUGGAACACACAUUUCAUCACUAAGGUCUUGCCCAAGACUGGUCUGGCUGAUACAAAAUGUACUGAAGCAUAUCACCUCCUUUCUUUUUCCUUGCUCACUUCUCUCUGGAAAUAAUCACCUCCCAAAUCCCCAUUUGCAUCCUACUUUCCUUCUCCAGCCCCUCAGCCCAGAAGAGGCUGUUCCAUUUUGUUCACAUGACCAAGAGGACUGUAUGUCACUAAUAGGUUAAUAGGCACUGAGGCACCUUCCUUUGCUCCCCUCUUAUGAGGAGAAAAGGAUGGUUUUCCCUGCUCCUUCUGUUGGCUUCUACAGCUUUAUACCCAUCAAAAGGUAUAUCAAAAUAACUUUUCGGUAUGCAGCUGUUCCAGAGACAUCUAACAGAAAGAAAGAUAAAGUUGAUAACCAUGCUUUCAUACAUCCAGUAAGUUUGAUGACUAGGUAGAAUUGUUAGAAUGGCUAAUAUUUAUUGAGCACUUACAGUAUACCACAUACUGUGCUAAGUGCUUUAUGUGAAUAAUCUCAUUUACUCUUCGUUAUGUUUCUACAUUAUAGAUACUAUUCUAAUCCUCAUUAGAGAAAAGUGAGGCUUAAGAUAACUUGCCUAAUGGCACAUAGAAAGUGGUUUAGCCUGGAUUCAAACACAGAUAUGUCUAACUUUAAAUGUAGUCUAUGACCUUAGCUGCUACAUUCUUCUAACAAUCAGAACUGUCCAGUAAUGGAAGGAAGGGGCCAUUUUGAGAGAUAAUGAGUAAAUUCCUGAUCAUGGGAGGUAUUUAAUCAGGUACUGACAAACAGUAAUCUCAAAGGUCUUCUCUACAAAUACAGCUCAUGCUAAUAUCAGUGAUGUCAGUGAUUAUUUUUUAUUUGCCAAUAUAAUGGCUUCUGAUUAGCCAUCCUUCCCUUUCCGUCUGCAAUCAUCAUCAUCAUCAUCAUCUUAACACUCUCAUCAUCUCUAAUUAGUACAUACUAUGUGCCAGACACCUUUCUUUGCAGUUUUACUUACAUUAACUUACUUAUUCAUAACAACCCUAUGAAGUAGAUAUUAUAUUAUUAUCAUCCCCAUUUUAUGGAUGAGGGAACUGAGAAGUAAAGCGAUUUGUCCAAGAUCUCACAGCUAAAGACACAGCUGGGAUUAUAACCGAGGCCGUCUGGCACUAGUCCAUUCCUUACCACUACAUGGCGCUCUCUUCAUAUUUGACAUAUAUACCAUACUCUUAAAAUGUAUCUUUUUUAUCAUCACAAUAUCUAUUGUAAAAAUAAAAAAUGACACAAAUAUAUAACCAUAGAAUUUGAAAGUCCUCCAUAAUCCUGUGUCCUAGAGAUAAUUACUGUUCUUUUCACUAACUACAUAUUUACAUAUACUUAUGAGUUAUGCUAUAUAUAUUGCUCACUAAUGUGUACUUUUCAUGUUUUUAGCCCUAACAAUAUAUAUGGGAAUAUUCUUCCAUGACACUUAAAGCUCUACAUCAUGCCUUUGAAUGACCAUAUUAUAUGGCAAUAAAAAUGUACUAG